CAAGGUGCACCGCCGCCUCCCGUGCCCCUCACCUUCUUUCCCCCCGCCGCCGGCGUAGGAGCUCGCCGGAAUUUUGGCUGGACCGAGCUCCCCACGGCGGGACCUAGGAGAAUGGUUUGAAUUUGUGUUCUAAAACACACAAACCAAUAACCAUAUGCACAAACAUGCUUCUAGAUUUGUGGGGUUUUCGAUUUCCUUUGGGCAUGUUGCAUUCCUGUGAAUUCAAUUUAAUUCCUGCUGUUAACUAGAGGAGGAAGAAGAAGCCAUAUAUUUGCUAGCUGCAUUGUUGGCCGUCAAUUAUCACAGUAGCAUAAAAAUUAAAUUAGCAUGUUUGCACUUACAGAUGUGUUGUGGUAAUUUGCAAGGUCUAGAACUCUAGAUAACACAAAAGUCUGCAUUGUGUAGUUAAUUAGUCGAACCUGAGGGGGGAAAAUGAUGAUUGGUGAUGUCAAACUUCAAAUUUGAAGAGAAUAAUUACAAGAGGCAAUGAUGCUUUCCUUCCAAUAUGUGCUUGCUAGAUAGGUGAUUAUUAAUCUAAAAAAAAGGUGUUAAUUUAGAUCUCAUGUAGAAGACAAGAUAUGUUAAUCAUUAUGUGCUGAGACUAGCAAGCACUAGAUGAGCACCUGGUGUUAAUUUUAAUCCAUAGUUAGCUAUAAUUUUUGUAGAAUUUAUUGUGCAGUUUUGCUAUAUGUUCAUUGAUACACCUAAUUAUCUAAAUAAAUUAAUCAAGGCAUGAAAAUAAAUUAUUUUAGGAUGGCCAUUAUACUUUCCAGUGUUCUUAUGAUAUGUGUGACAUAUUGGUUAUACUGGUUUUGGGUAUAAGCAUGUUUACCACAUAAGUUAAUAACUAUUUUCUCAUCUUAAUGAAAUCUGGAUAGAUUUAAGAGUUGUAUAAAUUACACCUUGAUAAUGAUGUUUGCCAUUAAACUUAUCUUUGACAAAGUUGUAGAUAGCUUGUGUAUCGAGCUGCUGUUAAAAUUUGGUGGCCACUGGCCCAAUAGAUUGUGAGUUAUGUCUGUUCAAAGUUAGGAUCAGAAAUCUGUUGCUCUCAGUUUUUCCAAAACAGAUUCUGUACCUUUGCAUUUUUGACUUAGUAAACUUGUGAAUCUUGCUGUGAUGCUUAAAGAUGAAUUGUAGACAAUUUCGUAAGCUUUCCAGAAAGUCAUGAACCAACUCAUUUGGAGUUCUGUAGCUCUAGUUAUGAUUUUUGCAAAUAGAUCAUAUGCUGCUGUCCAAACUGCAGUGCUAAGCUAAUUGCUUUAGUUACACUUGAGAAGGAAAUUGUGAAAGUGACUACAAAUAUUAUGACACAUACUGUAAUCUGCAGAUAGAAUAAAAUAAUAAAAAUGCACGUCUUUUUUGCUUUGCACUUUAAUGCUUUACCAGAUUUCCCAUGAAAUGGCACUUGACAGUAAAGUGCCUCUUUGUAAUCAAAAGCAUAAUUGAUGUAUUUGUUUGCUUCAGUUCCGAACAUUAUAUAUAUUGAAUUUUUACUCGAACUUGAGUUGGUACUAGGAAAGCCAUAGUACUACUACUUGUUUACUGAAAAUUGAAUCACAAAUCACUCGACGCACCAUGCCAAUCGAGUGGAUGACUCUCUGUUAUGUUCUUGUCAAGUUUGCAGUCCUAAUUUACAAACACAAUGCACUAAAAUGUUAAUGCUUAGCUCCAUAGAAAAAAAAAGCGUACUAUCUAAGUCAAAGUAGCCAGGCUUUCAUGACUGCCGAGCCUACUGAAGACUGGCUUGAGCCGAGUCCUUUUGAGAGUGAUGACAAAGGCUCGUCAUCAGACCAGAGCAACUCAUACGAGGAUGAGGUUUCAAUCACACCACCUCCGGAGAAGAAACGCCGUACGAAGGAAGAAAAGGAGGAACAAAAAGAUCCGACCUAUGCUCUGCAGGUUGAUGAUUCUUCAACUUCAUCACGAAAUUCUGGCACCCCACCACGGAAACAAGCAGACCGCGUGCCGGUGGUACCUUUGUGUUUGGAGUUCUUUGAGGAGGUGGGAGAACAGGAGGGGCAUGGAUCCGGUCCCACCCCGAGCACAACAGCUAAAACGGAAUCUGCCAUUAGUGGCAAGAAGAGGGGGCAACAUGGGAGGCACAAGGUUCACAAAAAGGUGCAUGCCAUACACAGGAUAGGGCCACAUGGAGAGCCCUUGGAGCCAGAAAGUGUCAUCGGCCCGUUUAGCAACCAGUGCUCCUGUAUAGUCAGGGAGCACGUGCCGAUCACUUAUUCGGAUUGGAGGAAAGUGCCGGAUGACCUGAAGGGUGCCGUGUGGGGAGAGGUGAAGAGGCGGUUCAAGUACCCAGAGGACCAGUUUGAUGAAGAUGUGUGCAAGCGCCAUGCUUUGUUUAUUGCAGGCAAAGCGCUUCGCAACUUGAGGUCAACCCUCAAUAAGAAAUAUGUGCAUAAAGGCAAAACACCCUAUGCAGACUACAACUUCAUCAAGCGCCACGUCUGGGAAGAGAUUGUUGAAAAGAUGACGACCGACAAAUCAAAGGCCAAGAGUAAGAAGUUCUUCGACCAAGCAAAGAUGAAUGAGCUACCCCAUCACCUGGGCCCGACUGGGUACGUUGCUAAGAGGAAGAAGUGGCGGCAGGAGGAAAGUGAGGCAGCUGCAUCCGGCCAGGAGAAUCCAUUGCUAGGCAUCGACAAGAGGGGACGUGACUACUUCAAUGCUCGUCGGCCGAAGAGGCUAAAGGAGGGCAGGACCAAGUACAACGAGCCAAAGACAGAGGCGGCAGAGAAGGCUUUGAUCGCGGUCUAUGCCGCCAAGGAACGCGGGGACUUCAAACCUCAUAGGGAGCAUGACUUGCUGACGGAGGCCCUGGGAAACCCCGAGCACCGCGGCCGCAUUCGAGGCGUAUCCUCGAGGAUGAGCUGGAAGAAUGUGGACUCAUGGAAAUCUGAUGCUGUGUCUUAUCACCCAAGGCAAAGAUAUAAGGAAGGGCUCAUCCAGCAGGGCAGAGACGAGGCAAUGAAAGAAAUGACCAUGGGGACAAUACAAGAGACAUUUACGAGCACAGACCCCAAGAACAUUUACGAGCACAGACCCCAAGAUUGUGGAGCUAAGGAUUUAGAUGUUUCGCGAGGCUGGCGUGCUGACACAACAAGAUCAAGCGCAGAUGUCGCCGGGUACCUCAUAAUGCCAAAGGUACCCAGCUGAUGAGAUCACAGAAUAAACACUUGCCUCGCUCUAGGUGCCCUGGGGCAGGACAGGAAAGAAAAAGACUGUGGCACAGGGCUAUUUACAUCUGCCCGACCCUGAAGCCAGAUACCACGGGAAGCCUAUCCCUCAAGAAUAUGCUGUGGUGUACUUGGGGUGGAUGUCCGACGACUUCGAUAGUGAUGAACUUGACUUUCCCCCUGAAGAGGGAUACACGACCAUCGCCGGUGCUCGCGUGCUAUGGAACAAGGCAGAUAUUGUCUUAGAAGAGAAGAAGCCGGCAUCAAAGCCCUCGGAACCGCAGUCGUCUCCACCGGGUGGCCCAAGUGACGACGACGAUGGCAGUGGUGGCGAUGGCCCAUCUAGCAGUCCUGGACGUAGCCCGCCUUCCGACAUGAGCAACCAACAAGGAGGCACAGGGGGUGCACCGGGCAAUUAAACACCGCCUCCAACCGAUCAAAUGGGCACCGGGCAAUGUCCUCCUGCGCCCAAAAAGCCUACCGACGAAGCUGACGACAAACCGGCCCACCUCACUACAGAGGAAUGGGCCGCGUCCCGCAUAGCCGAAGACUUCACGUAUACAACAAUGUUCGAUCGGUAAAUAUUCUAAUGGCAACCAAACAUAGUCAAUAGAGAUGAUGCUAACAGACUUUUUCCACUCCUUGUCUUAUCUUAAUUACAGUCUGCCAACACCGCCGUCAAUUUGGGGCCUUGGUGAAGAUUGCCUCGUUAACUUUGAGAAUGGCAAGUUCAUGUUGCCUUUGGGCAAGCUUGUCGAGGAGGAAUGGCCGGAUCGGAGGUUCCAUCUUUGGUAUAUGCAUGCAUCAAAGUUAGGAAUGAAAGAAUUCGUUGUGAAGGCCCCCAAGGAGUACUUCCAUUUGGAAGAGGAUUGUGAUUUUGUUGUUGAAUUCCAUGACAUGCAUAGGAUGUUGCGGCGCAAGGAUCUCGACGUUGCACAAGUCACCCUUUUUGCCUUGAUGUAAUCAUAUGUAGCAAGUGAACUAGAGGACAAUACUAUCUACCUAUCUCCUAUGCAUAUAACCCAAAGGGCCAUCAUUGGGCAUGAUGUAUUAGACACACACCCUAUGCUAGUGAAUUUGGAUCUGAUCUAGCAAAUGGAGGUUCGGAUUAGAAUGAAACACGAGAUCAUGUGGAGAAAAGGAUAAUACAUCUUAAAAGCCAUGAAGAAGAUCGAAGAACAUGGGUGUAUCCUUGCCGCGCACCAAUUCGGCUUGGGUGUCAUGGGCCACUGGAUUGUAUUCAUGAUCUAUCCUCAGGAUGGAAAGGCUGUCAUAUUCGACUCCUUGCGCGAAACUAACAAAAAGGGGUACAAGGAUUUCGAAUACUGUCUGCGAUACGCUUAUAGGAAAUACGUAGAGGACCCCGAAUCCUAUGAUCGGAGGUUCGAGAAAAAGAAGCAGAAGUAUGGCACAAAAUUGCGCAUUAGGCGACAAUUCUCGUGCGCCAAGCAACCUGAAGGGUCAGUUCUGUGUGGAUACUAUGCUUGUGACUACCUCAGGUGUUGCGUAGAGUACAGCCGCAGCUGGCGACAACUCAAAAAAAUCUACUGAGAUAUUGGAGAAGGCAAAAGGUGGACAAGACAAUCAUCAAAUAUACAAUAUCUAACAUUUGUAAGAUUGUUACCGACGAAUGUUGUUCUGUUGACGGGAAAGUCUUUAAUCACGAGAGCGAGCUCGCAAUGGAGCCGAAGUACAAGAGUCUACGCAACUGGAGAACCGAGCUCAAAAUGAAAGACUACAAGUUACCAGAUCUCUUUUGAUUUUUGUAAACUUGUGUUAUGAGUGAACUAUGAACUCUGUGAAUGUAAUAUGAACUUUGUGGCAUGCAUGCAUCAAUCGUGGAUAUUCAUAUGAAUGGAUGUAAUUGAACUGUGUUAUUAUUUCA